AUGAUGGAAACAACAAGCCAACAACAACAAUCUAUUGUAGUAACAGGAUCAACUGGUUACAUUGCCAGUGCUAUUAUUGAACAACUGUUGCUAAAGGGCUACAGGGUCAUUGCCAUUGUUAGGGACUUGUCCAACAAGGCAAAGUACCAACACUUGACUGAGCUGUCCGGUGCCAACACUCUACUAACUUUUGCUGGUGGUGAUCUAGAGUCUGCCGACUACCUGACCAUAUUCAAGGGUGUCGACUAUGUCAUGCACUGUGGCUCACCAUACAUCUACACCUCUGAAGAUCCACAGCGAGACAUUGUUCAGCCCGCCAUCAAUGGAAACCUGCGUGUGCUGGAGGCUGCCGCCGCAACACCGAGCAUCAAAAAGGUGAUCAUCACCUCGUCCACGGCGGCCAUCAUCGACUCGGCCAAGAAGAAAGAUGUCUACACCGAGGAGGACUGGAACGAGUCGGCCACCAUUGCCACCCCCUACAUGUACUCAAAGUAUCUGGCUGAGCGCGCUGCCAUGGAGUUUGCACCAUCACACUUCCAGCUGAUCUUUGUCAACCCUUCGUUUGUCGUUGGUCGUGGCCUUGCCAAGCACAUCAACACCAGUCUCACAACAUUCACCAAGUCACUGUGUGGCAGCAUCAACAACAGAUACGUGGGUUUGGUUGACCUUCGCGACGUCGUCGACACUCAUCUACAUGUGCUAGAGUCGUCGACCAACAUGGAUCGCCAACGCAAGAUGGUCUGUAGCUCAGUGAUGACGUUCACAGACAUGGUGGAGCGUGUUCAGAAGCUCUUUCCACAGUAUGACUUUGUAGACCACAGCAUAGAUCAGUCUACGAUCACACCCAACUCUGCUCUGCACAAGUAUCGCUUUGAGUCAGUGUCGCCCAUCAGCAUUGGUCGUCCCUACUACGACCUGGAUGACACAUUCAAACAGACCGUUGAAUACCUCAUUGCCACAGGACAUUUGAAUCCAAAGCCAAAGGUCGAA